AGAGUCAGCUGAGCCUCUCGCAGUGAGAGCCCCAGAGCCCGAUCCUCGGAGGAGGAGGAGGAGGAGGAGGAGCAGAAUCACAGGCGGCGACGGCGGCGGCGGUAGCGGCAGUGGCGGCGGCGGCAGCAGCAGCAGCAGCAGCGGCAGCCGCCCUAUCCCCAGGAGCUCCAGAGGCGGGAGGAGGAGAGAUAGAGAAAGAGGGAGAAGGAGAGAGAGAAGGAGAGGGGGAGGCUCCGGCGGCGGCCGCGGCGAUUGCGAAGGCGAAGCCACAGAAGUUUUCUUGAAAAUCCUUUUGCGGCCGACUACGUGCACGGACGUGCGAGUCUUCUGCGGACAGACUGGGCAACUAAGGGAGUGCGGAGUCCUGCCUUCCCGCUCCGAAAGUGCCAGCCUCGCCCCCUCCCCCUUUCCCCCCUCUUUUUCCUGCCUCGAAUUGGUGCAGCUAGCCACCCGACCCUCGAGCGAAAGCUCCGGUCAGGGGGACCGCCAGAGCCAGCUGUGAGCGGGGAGGGGGCCCAGGGGCGACCCCGAGGAGGAAGAGGAGGGAGGCAGCAGCAAACGGCACCACCAGCAGCAGCUUUGGAGUGCCCUGGGAUGGUCUUCAGGAGUGGACUCAGUGCUAAGAACACAUGCCCCAGUGAUUGGCAGUUUUGAUUAUUCUCCAGUUUCACCCAGUCAAGUGUGGAUAGACAACCUAUCAGUGAUACUGGACAAAACCGUGACUGGUGCAGUGCCAGAGUAAAUGUAAAUUGAAGAAAGCAAGAAAGAACCAAUGGCUUUAGCUGGCUGCCCGGAUUCCUUUUUGCAUCAUCCAUAUUACCAGGCCCUGGGGAGCCUACUGAAGUUGUUGAGCAAAGAAGUGACUGGUCAAACCUGUGCCUUAGGAAGAUUAUUUUGGCAGCUCUGUGAAGGAUGGAUUGGAGAGGGGAGCAGACUGGAAGAAGGGAGACCAAUUAGGAUGCUAUUGCAGUAGUCCAGGAGAAGGUAGAUCAGACUUCUACUCACAGUCAGAGCAAGCUAGUGGAACCUGGAUUCCAAGAACAAUCUACCCGAGUCGCCUUAAAUCACCAAGAUGACGACGUGGACUUGGAAGCUUUGGUAAAUGAUAUGAACUCCUCGUUUGAAAGUUUGUACUCUACAUGUAGCAUGCAGUCAGAAACUGCCCCCCUCCUUCAAAAUGGUCAACACAACCGUAGCCAGUUGCCAACCUCAGGAACAAGUGCCCUCCAACAGCAAGUGUCCCCAAAACAGAAAGUUCAGCGCUCUCAACCCAUGCACAUUCUAGCAGUCAGACGCCUUCAGGAAGAAGACCAGCAAUUUAGAACCUCGUCUCUGCCCGCCAUACCAAAUCCAUUUCCUGAGCUUUGCAGUCCCACCAAUUCUCCUGUUCUCACAACAAGCUCUUUACCUCAGAAUCAGCCAGCUAGUAAACAGGAUGUUAAAGUCUUUAGUGAAGAUGGGACAAGCAAAGUGGUGGAGAUUCUAGCAGACAUGACAGCCAGGGACCUCUGCCAGCUGCUCGUUUACAAAAGUCAUUGUGUGGAUGACAACAGCUGGACCCUAGUGGAGCAUCACCUUCACCUAGGAUUAGAAAGGUGCUUAGAAGACCAUGAGCUGGUGGUCCAAGUGGAAAGCACAAUGGGAAGCGAAAGUAAAUUUUUAUUCAGGAAGAAUUAUGCAAAAUACGAGUUUUUCAAAAAUCCUGUGAAUUUCUUCCCAGAACAGAUGGUGGCUUGGUGUCAGCAAUCAAAUGGCACUAUUCCCCAAACUCAGCUUUUGCAGAAUUUUUUGAACUCCAGCAGUUGUCCUGAAAUUCAAGGUUUUUUACAUGUGAAAGAGCUAGGCAGGAAGUCCUGGAAAAAAUUAUAUGUGUAUUUGCGAAGAUCAGGACUUUAUUGCUCCACAAAAGGAACUUCAAAGGAGCCAAGGCAUUUGCAGUUAUUGGCUGACCUGGAAGACAGCAAUAUCUUUUCUCUGAUAGCAGGCAAAAAGCAGUAUAAUGCCCCUACAGACUAUGGGUUUUGUAUCAAGCCAAACAAAGUAAGAAAUGAGACAAAAGACCUGAGGUUACUAUGUGCUGAAGACGAACAGAGCAGAACAUGUUGGAUGACGGCAUUUAGGCUUCUCAAGUACGGCAUGCUCCUUUAUCAGAAUUACAGGAUUCCACAGCAGAGGAAAGCUUGGCUUUCCCACUUCUCAACUCCAGUGCGCAGUGUGUCUGAGAACUCCCUCGUAGCCAUGGACUUUUCCGGCCAAACAGGAAGAGUGAUUGAAAACCCCGCUGAAGCUCAGAGUGCAGCCUUGGAAGAGGGCCAUGCUUGGAGGAAACGAAGCACAAGGAUGAAUGUCUUAGGUAGCCAAAGUCCCCUUCACCCUUCUACACUAAGCACAGUGAUCCAUAGGACACAAAACUGGUUUCACGGAAGGAUCUCUCGGGAAGAAUCCCAUAGGAUUAUUAAACAGCAGGGGCUUGUGGAUGGGCUCUUCCUCCUUCGUGACAGCCAGAGUAAUCCAAAGGCAUUUGUACUCACACUGUGCCAUCACCAGAAAAUCAAAAAUUUCCAGAUAUUACCUUGUGAGGACGAGGGACAGAUGUUCUUCAGCCUUGAUGACGGAAAUACCAAAUUCACCGAUCUGAUCCAGCUUGUUGAGUUCUACCAGCUAAACAAAGGAGUUUUGCCUUGCAAACUCAAACAUCACUGUAUCAGAGUGGCCUUAUGACCUUGAAUUUGGCUCUUGAUUGAAGACUGGAUAUGCUAGAAGAAUAACUAAGAGAAAGUUAACACUGGAAUGAAUGAGCAGGUCUGUAAAUUGGUUUAAAAAUGAUAUUCUGCACCUCGAGACUCUCAAAGGGAUGGAUUCAGUGGGUGCCAACAGACCAAGAUCUCCUGGUUUGUCCAACACCUAAGAAUGAUCUGCUUCUGAGUAUCCCAGCACACCUUCCUCCCCUUGCCAAAUAAAGGAAGGCAUGUAGAAUUGUGUGCAAAUUUGAGACUAAACUGGAAUGAUCAUCUUGGCUGGGCCACUUAACAGGAACAGGUUCUGAAGAGAAAUCAUUGGAAAAGGACUCUUGCCCUGGAAUAAUCUUGACAAUUAAAACUGGUGUGUUUA